CCCUAAAGGAAAACCCCAGAUCACACGGAUACUAGUGGUGGAGGCUCGUUUGAGGCAGGAGCGUCAACCUAUUUUUACAGUCCGCAGGGAUCAUCUGCAAGAUUUAGCAGCGGGACGAUUUUUUGGUUGAUGGUUGGUGACCAGAACAUAAUUUGUAGACUGCAAAUUGACUGCAAGAAGCCCAAGCAGAUAUCAUAUUUGACAACAAAAAAAUAGAAUCAUUUCAAACCUUGCUUACAUUUAUUUGAGAUCAAGUCUCUCUUUAUUAUGUGUGGUAAUUUGGGAACAGAAUUCCAAAAUUAAAAUCACUUGAAGCUGAUUUCCUGGUGUUUAUAAUAUUGUAUGUCCAACAAUUAGAACAAAUAAUAUUAGUAUAACAUUUGUAACAGAAAUAAUAUAAUAUAAAUCGGGCCGCGGGCCGCUAUUUGGGGAACCUUGACUAGUAGAAGGCAAGUGAUGGAGAGAAGGCCAGCCUCAGUUGGACCGAUUGCGUUAGCUACCCACUCUGAGCCCAUAUGUAUGUGUAUUGAUUCAUUUGCAGACGUAAAACUUUAAGUCCGUUAUAUUCUUACUGACAGAAACAGUGUGGGUUCGCGUUAGCUAAUUCAUUAUCGUGAUGGAUGCGCGAAUAUCAGGCGGGACUGGCGUUGGUACAGUCGCUAACGUUAGAUCAAAUUUGCCUAACGUUAGAUCUAAUUUGCAAGGACCCAGUUCAGGUAAUGGGAGAAGGAUGACGUCCAAAAAAACGCGUUCAAAAAAAGGGAAGAGAAGAAAGAGACGGAGGAAUAAAAAGACAAAGACCAACAAAACCCCACCGUAUUUACCACCGGAGGCUGAAGAGGGAAACAUUGAAUAUAAGCUGAAGCUGGUGAACCCCACACAAUACCGCUUUGAGCACCUGGCCACCCAGUUAAAAUGGCGUCUUCAAGAGGGACGGGGCGAGGCGGUGUAUCAGAUUGGGGUGGAAGACAAUGGCCUGCUUGUCGGACUGUCAGAGGGAGACAUGAGAGCCUCGCUGAAGACCCUACGGAGGAUGGCAGAGAAGGUUGGUGCUGACAUCACACUUCUACGAGAAAGAGAGGUGGAUUACGACUCGGACAGAAACUGCCGGAAAAUCGCAGAGGUUCUUGUCCGAAAAGUUCCAGACGACCAACAGUUCUUGGACCUGCGUGUGGCGGUACUGGGAAACGUGGACUCAGGGAAGUCCACACUGUUGGGCGUGCUGACGCAAGGCGAGCUGGACAACGGGCGAGGCCGGGCACGCCUCAACCUCUUCAGGCACCUUCAUGAGAUCCAAACGGGCAGGACAUCAAGCAUCAGCUUUGAGAUUUUGGGCUUCAAUAGCAAAGGGGAGGUGGUGAACUAUAGUGACUCCCGUACAGCCGAGGAGAUUUGUGAGAGCUCUUCUAAGAUGAUCACCUUCAUUGACCUGGCCGGCCACCACAAGUACCUGAAAACCACCAUCUUUGGCCUCACCAGCUACUGCCCAGACUUCGCCAUGCUGGUGGUCAGCGCCAACACAGGCAUAGCUGGCACCACCCGGGAGCACCUGGGCCUGGCCAUGGCACUAAAGGUACCCAUCUUUAUCGUGGUCAGCAAGGUGGACCUGUGCGCCAAGGGCACAGUGGAGCGCACAGUACGCCAGCUGGAGCAUGUCCUCAAGCUGCCUGGCUGUAACAAAGUGCCGAUGGUGGUGGCCAGCCCGGAUGACGCCGUCACAGCCGCCCAGCAGUUCGCUCAAUCCUCCAGCAUCACACCCAUCUUCACCCUGUCCAGCGUGUCUGGAGAGAGUCUGGACCUGCUUAAGGUCUUCUUCAACAUCCUGCCUCCUCUCAGCAACAGCAAGGAGCAAGAGGAGCUCAUGCAGCAACUCACUGAGUUCCAGGUAGAUGAGAUAUAUACCGUGCCAGAUGUGGGGACAGUGGUGGGAGGAACUCUCUACAGUGGGGUGUGUCGCGAGGGGGAGAGGCUGGUGGUUGGCCCGACGGACGAGGGCCGUUUCCUGAGGCUGAAGGUGGGCAGCAUCCAUAGGAACCGCUCGGCCUGCAGGGUGCUGAGAGCCGGCCAAGCCGCCACACUGGCCCUCGGCAACUUUGACCGCUCGCUGCUCCGCAAGGGUAUGGUGAUGGUCAGCCCGAAGAUGAACCCCACCAUCUGCUGGCAGUUUGAGGCGGCCAUCGUCCUUCUCUUCCACGCCAAAACAUUCCGUCGGGGCUUCCAAGUGACCGUGCACGUGGGGAACGUAAGACAGACGGCCACCGUGGAGUGCCUGCAUGGAAAGGAGGAGCUGCGCACAGGAGAGAGGGCCGUGGUCUGCUUCCGCUUCAUCAAACACCCAGAGUACCUCCGCAUGGGCGCCAAGCUGCUCUUCAGGGAGGGCGUGACCAAGGGCAUCGGCCACGUCACCAGCCUCCUGCCCGACUCGCAUGACCAAAACCAGAUCCACGACCAGAACCAGAGGGAGAUAGAGAAAUAGAGGAGGAGGAGAAAGGAGGGAAGGAGAGGAAAUUACUAACUCUCCUGAACAUGCGCCCCCCCCCCCCCCCCCUGGACGAUGUGGAACAUACUCAGCAUACCCAUCCUUUGGAGGUUUAAAGGGAUAGUCGACUUACCUAAGGCAGGGUUUCCCAAACUCGGUCCUGCCCCCCCGCCCGGGUGCACGCAAAGGUUUUUGCCCUAGCAAUACACAGCUGAUUCAAUUAAACAACUCAUCAUCAAGCUUUGGUUAUUUGAAUCAGCUGUGUGGUGUUAGAGCAAAAAACAAAGCGUACACCGGUGGGGGGAGUUUGGGAAACCCUGACCUAAGGUGUUGUCGUUUUUAAGUUUGUUAUUUAGCAAUGUGCAGAAUGGCUAGCAUUUUUGGAGCAUGUAGCGAUGCUAGUGUAAAUAGGUUGUAUCAGUUAGCAUUGCUUUCAAAAGCAUGUGGAAAGCAGGGAAGUCGACCAGUGGUGAUCCUGUCUGCAAAAGGAAGAGCUCUUCUACCAUGCUUUUGAAUGCAAGUUUCCUUCCAUACUUUUUCUAAAAUAUUGUGGUUUACUCUCUGCACUUCAUUCGUCUUGAUUAGUAUUAAGGAAAAGUAGACUACGUGCUGCCCAUUUUGGCGACGCAAAUAAGUGGCGACCGUAAAUGCUGCCAUGCUAAUUUUCUAAAUGUUAAAUUCAACUAAGUCUGUGUAGGGCAGCAAUAAUGUGUGAGGGUUGAGAAUGAGCAGAGUCGAGAUGCUUGGCGUAGUCAAGUGAAUGUUGCAUUGCAAACCCGUUCUGAAAGAAAUGUAGGGGCAAGUAUCAAGUGAUGUUUUCCAUAGUAGAGACGCCGCUUUUGUUACCCUGUUAUGUCAACCCAUUGAACCCAAUGCUGUCUAUGUCAUAGCUUCAGGCUUGUCUGUGUACAAGGCAGCUUUGUGCAGCUAGAUACCCAUGUGGAGUCUGCAUGCUUAAUAGGGACUUGUGAAAAUCUAAAUAUCAGACUAAAUGGACUCCUAAAUGACAAAUAUUUAUUGAACUCUAGACUUUAUCUCUCACCCUUUACGAGGUUGUGUGCAAUUAUAACUAAAGCAUUGAAUGUAAUGUACAUCCACUUCUAAAUACCAUUUUGAAGCACAAACAUUUUUGUGAGAGUUGUCGAUUUUGCACUUUGUAUUUUUGGAAUAGCUUCUGCAUGUUUGAGUCCGCCAGAGGUUCCCGGACUACGUCCCGUAGAGCUGUAAGGUGCUCUGUAGUGAAACACGGGAUUCAAUUUAUCAUGGUGUUGAUGCAUAGAGGUCUCGGUGACCACUGCUAUAUGCUGCUUAUUCAAGUAUCAGCUGAUCUUUACAUGUUUGCGGUCAUAAGAAAUAUACAGAAAGCAUGCAGAGCGCUUUUCUUUUAGAUGAUAUAAUAAAUAUAAUAUUACAGGUAUUAGCUUCUUUGGUUGAGACACGUGGCAAGUUUGCAGUAUGUGUAUGCAUUGCAUCAAGGUUGUGUAAAUACUAUUAAAACAUGUUUUAUCGUGACACCUUCCCCCAUAAAAAACAUCAAAAGACAA